CGGGGCUUAGCUAGACCCCUGUGCUGACCCUCUGAGUGAGACUGGCGCCUCCUGAUGGACCAGGGUGGUAGCGAGCAGCCUGGGGCGGAGGAGCCAGACUCUGGGGGUCGAGCAGAGCGGGAGGUGAGCAGGAGGGCUUCCGAGCCUGAUCACGGCCUGUCCAAAAUUACCCACAAUGCUUUGGAGAACAUGGGCGCGCUGGGCCAUGGCCUGAAGCACUUCUUCCAACCCCAGCGCAGGCGUUCAUCCGUCUCGCCACACGACUACACCUCUUCUUCCACAGGCCCCAUCCUUGAACCUCCAGAAGUGGGGCCAGAGUUGGGGGAAGCGCAAGGCAUCACGGUCGCCCCUAACUCUGACCCUCACACUUCCGCCCCCCCUGCAGCUUUGAGUCGCGUGCUGCAGCAGAUUCGAGGCCCCCCCAUGAUGAAGAGAGGGACCAGCCUGCAGAGCCGCCGCAGCAAGGCAGGGGGGGUAGGGGAGGCCCCCCAAAAAGGCAGUCCUCAGAUCCACAGGCGCAGUACCCAGGACCCAUUGCUGCAGGCAGGACGGCCACGCUCCUCUUCUACCACCGAUACACCCAGCAGCCCAGCUUUGGUGGACAUGUUGCUGACCUCAGGGUACCACUCCACCGAGGAGGCUGAUCGGCAAGAUCGUUUGGAGGUGUCGGGCCCUGCAGUGUCUCCCAACGCUCUGUCUACAUGCUCAGAUGGCGGUCAGUACGGUGUGGAUUCAGUGGAUGGCACCCUGGAUCCUCAGCGCACAAAGCAGGCCAUUGCUCAGCUACAGCAGAAGAUUCUUAAACUCACAGAGCAGAUCAAAAUCGAACAAACAGCAAGAGACGACAAUGUAGCCGAGUACUUGAAGCUGGCAAACAACGCAGACAAACAGCAGAGCACUCGCAUCAAGCAGGUGUUCGAGAAGAAGAACCAGAAGUCUGCGCAGACCAUCCAGCAGCUGCAGAGGAAGCUGGAGCAUUAUCAUCGCAAGCUCCGAGAGGUGGAGCACAAUGGAAUACCACGCCAGCCCAAAGAUGUCCUGCGAGACAUGCACCAGGGUCUGAAGGAUGUGGGUGCCAAGGUAACCGGUGGCCUGUCCAGUAUCUCUCAGGCCACUCACUCAGCUGCAGGAGCAGUCGUGUCCAAGCCUCGUGAGUUUGCCUCUCUAAUUCGCAACAAGUUAGGAAGUACAGAAAACAUCCCUGCCCUAAAAGACUCUCUGGAUGAACAGCAAGGGGAUGAUCCAGUAUCAAGUACAGGAGUGGCAGGCACUAGGACCCCAGGGCCCGGGCAGCUGCAAUCGAGCCCGAAAUAUGGCAGUGAGGACGACUGCUCCAGCGCUACAUCAGGGUCAGCAGGAGCAAACAGCACAACGGGGGCUCCCGGAGGGCCUCCCAGCUCAAAGGGUAACACACUGGAGCAUGGCCAGGGCUCUGGCUUCGACACACUGCUGCACGAGAUCCAGGAACUGAAGGAUAACCAGAGUCGACUAGAAGAAUCUUUUGAUAACCUGAAGAGUCACUAUCAGAGAGACUACACGGAUAUUAUGCAGGCCUUGCAGGAGGAGAGAUUCAGGUGUGAGCGUCUGGAGGAGCAGUUGAAUGAUUUAACAGAACUGCAUCAAAAUGAGAUUCUCAACUUGAAGCAAGAGCUUGCCAGCAUGGAGGAGAAGAUCGCUUACCAGUCUUAUGAACGAGCUAGAGACAUACAGGAGGCACUGGAGGCCUGUCAAACGCGCAUCUCUAAGAUGGAGCUUCAACAGCAGCAGCAACAGGUGGUUCAGUUGGAGGGUUUGGAAAACGCCACUGCACGCACUUUACUCGGCAAACUCAUCAACGUGCUGCUGGCCGUCAUGGCGGUCCUCCUAGUGUUCGUCUCGACGGUCGCAAACUGUGUAGUUCCACUGAUGAAAACACGCAGCCGCACGCUUUCCACAUUGCUCCUUGUUCUAGUGUUGGCUUUUCUGUGGCGGAAUUGGGAAGCCAUGUCGCAGUAUGUUGACCGAUUUUUGCUGCACCCUAGAUGACCUGCAGGGGCGCUGCUGUUGCUAUGGUUUUAUGAAGGGACUAGAGGGCGGAGACUUUGAAUCAAAGAUGAAGACUAACACUGCCUCAGUUGCACUUAGUACAGAGGGAUGCGGCACAAGAGUGGCAGACACAGACAAAAUCUUACAACCUCUUUCUCUUUUUUUUUUCACUGAAGGAGUGAGUUUGUUUACAUUUUGAAGAUCCUUUUUUCUCCCGUCAACAUGAAUUGCAUUGCUGAGUUUCCGUUUAUUUGUUGUUGGAAAUGAUGCAAGUCAUGUCGUUCAUUGUUUUCGUAACUAUUGUUAGGAUAUACAUUUAUGCAAUUUCCUGAGUCUUGUUUUGAAUUGACUGGAGUGGUUUUAACAUGCACUGGAUGGAGAUCUCUCUCCACGUUUUUAAUACCAUAUUAACUGCUCUUUUCCCUCCUAACUUUAAGCCGUUUCUUUAAUUUCUCUCCGUCGUCUCGCUCUUCCUCUUAAGUGCUUAACUUCAAUUAAUUUCCUGUGCUCAUGGCUUCACUCUUCCUACUCAAAACCGUUUGCUGCUGUUUGGACUUCAAUGCAGUUGUUGCUGAAUGAAGGAUUGGAUGGAUUCUGUUGGAGAAGAGGCGUCUGGAGUUGGGUUGAAUAGGCCGAGGACCUGAAACACUCUUAAGCUGAGUCGGCCCCACUUCAUCUCCGGCCCUGUGCCCUCAGAGAGGCACAGUCCCUGGGCAUACGAACAGAAUGAACAUACUUGAAGAGCUAGAAAUGCUCAAUGACUCUCAGUGCUUCCGUACUGUUUCUUAUAGCGACAAUGAAAUAGUCCUUUUUAGUUUUAUUUUUUAUUUUUUAAAAUGAAAUUAAUAAAUGCUGUUUUAAAAAUGCA